AUGAAAGCCAUUUGUAGAUCUGGAUCUCCAACAGAUAAUUCCUUCAUGGAGUUCAACCUCAGGAUCGGAGGCCCAUAUGUAGCGCCUACGGUGACAGCACUUCUCACGUGUCGAGCCGACAGGAAAUGGUAUUUCACUGAUGGAACGACACCGCUUAUGUGUGACCCCAGCACUGUAAUGUUCAAGAAAGCUACGGCUGCGGAUGAAACGGAUGCCAUUAUGCAGUUGUUCAACGGUGGUAUUGGUGGACCAGACGUUGCGCCCACUGUGACGGCGCGCCUCACUUGUCGAGAUGACCAGAAAUGGUACUUCACCGAUGGAACAACUUCACUGUAA